AUGGCAAAAUUGCCGCAGGCUAGCUCAGACGCCCUCCCAAGAAUCACACUUUCUCAAAAGACCCUGCGGAGUCUAAUGAUCUCUGGGGUAAUGAAAAGGCCAUCCCCGCUCCAAAACAACUUGGAACUGAGGGGAGAUCAGCCAUGCAUCUCCACUGACAAUCCGAUCAAGACCUCCAUAAAGGCCCUAAAUAAAGACUUCGACCAGCUUGCCAUCAUUACCCAACAAUCCCACAAGCUGUAUACCUUACGUAUACGAGCCUGGGGCUUUCGCUGUCCUGAGCCCUUCGACAGCACCGAGGAUUGUCUGCCGCUACCCACAAUUCAGGCCUUGCUCUUGGUGGAGAAUCUGAGAGUUCUGGUGCUAGAUCUAUCUGGCGGCUUUCUGAACUCGUCAGGACAGCAAGGAAACGGUUAUCAUCUCUGUCCAGCUAUUGGCGCCCUUCUUUGCACUCUUCGAACCCUUCACCUACGCAUGCGCAGCAUCUGCCCCGAUGUUUUAAUAUCCCGACAUUCUAAUAGCAGUCUACAGUUGAGCGAGGUAGUCAUCAACCUGACGGCUCACUCUAAACGAUGCGGUUCCCAGGGCGAAGGAUUGCUUCAACUGAAAGCGGAUCUAUGCGAACAGGCAGAAGCUCUCGCGACCCAAAUGGCAUUCCCUGAAUUUGAAACAAAGUCGUUGCAUGUCUUGACUGGUAAGACUAUGAUCCUGGAGGACGCCUCAGAGACAGAGUCGGAGAUUAUUCUAGAUGAUGAAUUUUCUACUUUCCUAGACGAGUAA